GAGCACCAUAUAAGGCGCAGCGAUCUCCAUAGAAACGUGUCAGUUUCAAUAGUAGUGUCAAAGUUCACUAUAUACAGACAUUCGCGCAGAUCCCCGUUUCGGAAACAUUGCUCUGCUGGUCUUCCCGUUUAAACGCAUUCAUUUUUGGGUCUCUCCUUCUUGCAUAUUCUAUUAGUUGUUGUUUUUUCUUUUUAUCUUUUCUCUUUCGCUCCAUUCCUGCCGGAGAGGUGAAACUACAGGGGCACUUCGACGACGUCGUUUUGUUGGUCCAGAUGAGUUUUAUUUUGAAAAUAUAGACAUAAAAUUCCGCUCUUCAGUUUUUUCCUCUCUUCCACCAGUGAAGACAGGAGUAAGGGGCAAGGAAGAAAAGAAAGGGAUUUAUUUCACGCCAGACUUUGGAUCGUUUUUUAUUUUUUUUCCUUAAUAUUUCAUUUUUAUUUCUUCGUCUCGGUGAAUCGGUCCUGCCUCGUAACUGGUUAUUUUAAACCAAACUGUAAUUGUUACCUCUCGUGCGCUCUUUUUUCCAAGAUUGGGUUCCUGAAUGGCUGACUGCAAUUUACCUUGGAACUGGCCUCCCGAUACUUGCAUAUCCUGAUCGGGUGCCUUUUUCGCUCGACACUUUGCAUUUUGAAUGUAUUGAUUGUCCUAUGCUCUCACUUUCCUAUGUGAUCGCCCGCUUCGAUUUGACUUUGCACAGCCGUGUGUCUGAUAUUACCUCUUGUUCCACGUACAAGAAUCCCAGCGAUUAGUUCGCUUUAUAGCACUUUUCGGGCCCGAGAUAUGGCAAUGGUAGUUAGCGUCUGGCGAGAUCCGCAGGAAGACGUGGCCGGAGGAACUCCGAGCGGCCCGAAUCCAGCAGCUCAGCCGGCGAGGGAGCAACAGCAGGCGGCGUCAGCAGCACCGCACACUCCGCAAACCCCGAGUCAGCCAGGACCCCCUUCAACGCCAGGGACUGCUGGCGACAAGGGGCAGAGCCAAAAUUCUGGACAGAGUCAACAGCAUAUUGAAUGUGUGGUUUGCGGAGACAAAUCCAGCGGCAAACACUACGGUCAGUUCACCUGCGAGGGAUGCAAAAGUUUCUUCAAGAGGAGUGUCCGGAGGAACUUAACGUAUACAUGUCGUGCCAACAGGAACUGUCCUAUCGAUCAGCACCACCGUAAUCAAUGCCAGUACUGUCGGCUGAAGAAGUGUUUAAAAGUGGGCAUGCGGCGGGAAGCGGUUCAGCGAGGAAGAAUGCCUCCAACCCAGCCGAACCCAGGCCAGUACGCGCUGACGAACGGGGACCCUCUCAACGGCCAUUGCUAUCUCUCCGGAUACAUCUCGUUGUUGCUCCGGGCCGAGCCUUACCCGACCUCCAGAUACGGGAGCCAGUGCAUGCAGCCGAACAACAUCAUGGGCAUCGAGAACAUAUGCGAACUGGCUGCUCGCUUGCUCUUCAGCGCCGUGGAAUGGGCGAGGAACAUCCCUUUCUUCCCCGAUCUCCAGAUCACAGACCAGGUGUCGCUUCUCAGGCUGACGUGGAGCGAGUUGUUUGUGCUUAACGCGGCUCAGUGCUCCAUGCCCUUGCAUGUGGCCCCUCUGCUCGCCGCGGCGGGCCUCCACGCCUCGCCCAUGUCCGCGGAUCGGGUCGUUGCUUUCAUGGAUCACAUUCGUAUCUUCCAGGAGCAGGUCGAGAAGCUCAAAGCCCUGCACGUCGACUCGGCAGAGUACAGCUGCAUCAAAGCAAUAGUCCUCUUUACAUCAGACGCUUGCGGCCUGUCAGAUGCGGCUCACAUCGAAAGCCUGCAGGAGAAGUCUCAGUGCGCCCUCGAGGAAUACGUGAGAAGCCAGUACCCAAACCAGCCGAGCCGCUUUGGCAAGCUUUUGCUGCGGCUGCCUUCUCUCCGUACCGUCUCUUCAUCAGUAAUUGAGCAGCUGUUCUUCGUCCGCUUGGUAGGUAAAACUCCUAUUGAAACCCUCAUAAGGGAUAUGUUGUUAUCCGGGAGCAGCUUCAACUGGCCUUAUAUGUCCAUCCAAUGAUCCGAGCGAGAAAGUGAAAAAGAAAACAAAAAACAAAAAACACAACGAACGUAAAAGGACCAAAAGCAACCUGAAUAAGAAGACAAUAUAUAGGACCUCGUUUCUGAACAUCGUAGAAGACAGGACUUUGCCCCCCCCCCCCCCCCCCCUUUUUUUUUUUUUUUUUGGGACUGAGAUCUGAGAUGGAAUACAUUAUGUACAGAAAAUAAGGAAUGGACUUACUCUUGUGUAAAUCCGCUCUCAUCUACAAGAAAACGACUCUUCAUUUUGUAAAAUACUAGUCUUUAUUUUCUUUUUUUUUGUAUAAAAAAUACAAAUAAAAUGAAAAACAUCGUAUGCGCAGUAAAAAGAAUCAAGACCUAGCGGGAAAAUGUUUCCGAGCAAAUUAUAAGAAAUGUCCUGUGUCUAUGUAUCUUUCUCUGUUUUGUAUAUUUCUGGUUCUAAACCAGGUUUUCUGUGAUUCUAUACUAAUAAUUUUUGAUAUAACCUUUUGCUUCUUAUAAUGAGUGCGAUAUAUGUUGUCGAAGCUAUGUUCUACAAGAAUUAAAAUUGAAGUGAGAAUUUAAAACAGAAAAAUAAAGAAAGUUAGACAAAUAAGAAAAACGGUCUAAUCGCUAUGACAAUAUUAUCACUGAUGGUUGACCUUCCAAUUACAAUUGAUGCUACGGACGUGCACCUCAGCGACAAACUUGACCUCAUGGACAUUUUGAGGACAGGACACCUGAAACUUUUCCUGGUUAUGAGUGUGUUUGGAGUCGAUCAUCAGUUUAAAAAAAAAUGGAAGAAGACAUAAAAGAAAAUUCAAAAGCACUUUUAAUAUAUCAUUUCAAAUACAUUUUGUUUGUUUCGUCUUGAAAUUUUCAUUGUUUCUUGGAUUUUAUUGGUUGUUGCCUCGAUUUGCUUAUUCCAUGAUACAGCUUUUUCAGCAGGAUCCGUUGGUAAGAGUUGUGUGAUGGUGACUGUACUAUUAAAAACAAGUAGGCAACAAUA